ACAAAGCUAUCGUGGAGUCGGGGAAAAGUUUAGCGAAAGACAUGCAUUCAAAGUCGCCCCUCAUGUACCAGUGGCACGACAAGCAGUACCUCGGAGCAGCCCACGGCAUAUCCGGAAUCCUCUACGUUCUAAUGCAGGCAGACGACACCUCACAGGACAUGGAUUCACUGGUGAAACCCACGCUGGAAUACUUGCACACUCUGCACUUUCCCUCGGGGAACUUCCCCUCGUCGCUUGGCAGCCGCGGCGGGGACAUGCUCGUACACUGGUGCCACGGCGCUCCGGGCUUCCUCUUCAUGUUCGCACGCGCUUACACGAUGCUCGACACUAGCGCCGACCAACGGCAACGAAAGUUGCAAGUAAUUGUGUUUGACAUUGAGGGGAAUCAGAAUGUUGAGAGGAUUAAGGGGUCCCUGUUCUGA